AUGAAUGGCUUUCAGAUGCGGCCAGCUCCUCCACCUCCUCCUUACAAAAAUGCCCCUCAUGGAAAGGCAGAUGGUAAUCAGUACAACGUGCGAUGGAAUAAUUACAAAAACAGUAUCAUACAAUCAUUUGAAUAUCUAUUGAGGAAUGAAACUUUUGUGGAUGUGACUCUGGCUUGUGAAGGAGAAACAAUCAAGGCACAUAAGGUGGUACUUUCAGCAUGCUCUCCUUACUUCCAGAAGAUUCUGGCACAAAAUCCAUGCCAACAUCCUAUCAUGAUCAUGCCCAGCAAUAUCAGAUUUGCUGAUUUGAAGUACAUCAUUGAUUUCAUGUACAAAGGAGAAAUAGAUGUGGUCCAGGAGCAUCUGGACAAGAUCCUUGAAAUUGCUGACUUACUUCAGAUCAAGGGAUUUAGAGAGGUUACAGAUCCCAAUGGGACAUCCUCCUAUGUAUCAGUGGAGCAGACACCACAGACCAACUUCAAUGGAAGCAGAGGCAUCAAUAAAUACCAUCCCUAUAAUAAGGUGCAGCCAGUGCCACCAAAGCUCCCUGUACAGUCCAGAUAUAUGAUCCCCAGAGUCAAGAUUCUUGGAGAUGGCAGUGCAAUAAAAAGCACAAAUGAAACAUCCACAAGCAAUGGGAAGGGCCAGCCUGAGAGUAAUAACGAUACUCAAGUGCCAAGUGGAGUCAUGAAUGGAGAGUUGAAUGUUACAACUGAAGAAGAAAAAGAGAGAGAAGAAAUAUAUGUCAAUGGGUCUGCCUCUGUAGGACCCACACUCUCAAAAGAUGAGACCACGUGCAACAACCAGACAGAUGGCCAGGAAGAUGACAGGAAUGAACAUGCUUCAACUAUGAAUCCUCAGGCAGCACAAAUGGAGGUUUCUGAUGACUUCUAUGGUUCAUCUGUCUCUCCAGAAUUGUUGAACUUAGUCCAUACAUCACCCAACCUUCAGCGACCAGAUGCAGGUCCUGAACCUUACAUGGAUGGUGAUGAUUCCAAUUCUAAGUCAUUGCUGAAGACAUGGACUGAGCAAGACAUGGAAGCAGCCCUUGAUGCCCUGAAGACCAAGUUGAUGUCUCUGACUCGUGCCUCACAGACUUUUGGCAUUCCGUCCACAACCCUCUGGCAAAGGGCUCAGCGUUCUGGCAUCGAGACCACAAAGAAAGACCCUGCUGGAAAAACCUGGUCAGAAGGUGAUCUCCUCCAUGCUCUUGAAGCCAUGCGCAAUGGCUCCAUUUCUGCAAACAAAGCAUCCAAAGAAUAUGGUAUUCCUAGUAGCACCUUGUACAAAAUCGCAAAAAAAGAAGGGAUCAAGCUUGCAGCCCCUUUCAACUCAUCUAUUCCUAAUUGGACAAAAGAAGACCUCCAGAAGGCUUUUGAGGCUAUUCGUUCAGGGAUGUCUGUCAUGAAAGCAGCCUCAGAGUUUGGUAUUCCUAGUGGUACCUUAUAUGGAAAGUGCAAAAAAGAAGGUAUUGAACUGAAGAGUAAAGAGCAGGUCAAUUGGUCAGAGGACAACUUAAGUGAAGCCAUAGAUGUUGUCAAGGCAGGUGAGAUGAGCAUCAACCAGGCAGCACUGCAUUUCAAUGUUCCCUAUUCUACAUUGUAUGGGCGAUGCAGGAAACUGGCUGUUCCUGAUGGGGAGGUGAUGCUCAGGCCUGAAAUACCACAUGUCCCUUUCUUUGGCCAAGAAGUAGUCAUGCAGCAGGUCAUGCCUUGA